GGGGGAAAUCCGUGUCAUUCAAAUAAGUUGCCCCCGCCUGAGGCCUCUCACCUCAUUUUCCUAUUGGUAGGCUACUUCAUGGAAGGCGGGCCGUAUUCUUGCCAUUCAAAAUAAUAACUGAGCCCUCUAAGAGCCGCACGCGUGAAGGAACGCCGAAGAUCUGAGUGGCGAUUGGCCAAAGCAAACGUCCGUCCAAACACUCCUCGCGGGCGGGAGAACGAAGGGCAAGCCACCGUGCCGCAAGGGAUUCUGGGAUAGUGGCCUUUAAAUGGAGUCGCGCAAAGGAGUCUGGGGGGGAGGGGAAAGUGGCCAAAAGGUCUGUGAGCAAAGCAUUCUGGGGGAGUGGCGCAAGGGAUUCUGGGCAAUAAUGGACAAUUUGAACACAGGACCUAACAAAUUGAAUUUUUUAACAUCUGGAUCAAACCUUCCAGCUUUGGUCUUGCAGCUUCACAACUGCAAGCUCCAUUGAGGACAUUAAUAUUAAUUAAUGGUAUUACAACUUAAUUUUUUAAUUGUUUUUAAUAAUGUUUCGGGUGGCGCUGUGGGUUAAACCACAGAGCCUAGGACUUGCCGAUCAGAAGGUCGGUGGUUCGAAUCCCCACGAUGGAAUGAGCUCCUGUUGCUGGGUCCCUGCUCCUGCCCCCCUAGCAGUUCGAAAGCACAUCAAAGUGCAAGUAGAUAAAUAGGUACCGCUCCGGCGGGAAGGUAAACGGUGUUUCUGUGCGCUGCUCUGGUUCGCGAGAAGCGGCUUAGUCCUGCAGGCCACAUGACCCGGAAGCUGUACGCCGGCCCCUUGGCCAAUACAGCAAGAUGAACGCCGCAACCCCAGAGUUGGCCAUGACUGGACCUAAUGGUCAGGGGUCCCUUUACCUUUACCUUUAACAAGUUUGGUAGGGACACCUGCAGCCUGGAAUGUGUUGCUGAGUUAUAACUACCAUGGGUCAGCAUGGCCAGCCCCCGGUGGGAGUUGUAGCGCAGCAACAAUGGAAGCGCCAAGGGUCCUUGCCUGUUGUCUUUGUCCAUGGAGUUUUCUUGGCAGGGAUACUGGAGUGGCUUGCCGGUUCCUCCAGGUGGAUCAUGUUUGGUCAAAACUCCACUAUGACCUGUCCAUCUUGGGUGGCCCUGCACGGCAUAGCUCAUAGCUUCUCUGAGUUAUUCAAGCCCCUUCGCCACGGCAAGGCAGUGAUCCAUGAAAAAAAGCAGAGACAUCACCUUGCCAACAAAGGUCUGUAUAGUGAAAGCUCUGGUUUUCCCAGUAGUAAUGUUUGGAAGUGAGAGCUGGACCAUAAAGAAGGCUGAUUGCCGAAGAAUUGUUGCUUUUGAAUUAUAGGGUUGGAGGAGACUCUUGUGAGUCCCAUGGACUGCAAGAAGAUCAAACCUCUCCAUUCUAAAGGAAAUCAGCCCUGAGUGCUCACUGGAUGGACAGAUCCUGAAGCUGAGGCUCCAAUACUUUGGCCACCUCAUGAGAAGAGAAGACUCCCUGGAAAAGACCCUGAUGUUGGGAAAGAUGGAGGGCACAAGGAGAAGGGGACGACAGAGGACGAGGUGGUGGGACAGUGUUCUCGAAGCUACCAGCAUGAGUUUGACCAAACUGCGGGAGGCAGUGGAAGACAGGAGUGCCUGGCGUGCUCUGGUCCAGGGGGUCACAAAGAGGCGGACACGACUAAACAACUAAACAGCAACAACUACAGGGUCCUUGCCUAGGGAACUUUCCAAAGAGGAAUAUGACAGGAAGAGCCUCUGACUGGGUAUGCUUUGUACAUUUAAAGCACCCUCCCCAAAAACCCUGGGAAUGGUAGUUGACAGAGCUACAAUACUCAGCAAAAUUCUAGUCCUCAUGGUUCUGUGGUAAACAAAAUCUGCCCUUAUUCCCUUAUGGGGAACACUAAGAACCCUUAUAGAGUCCUUUGUAGGUUCUCCAUCGCUAGGAGAAAAUAACAGAGGCCAACCAGAGAAUAUUGAGAAGCAAAGCAGCUAGUAAGCCUGAUCUUUAUUGAUCUGUUGCAACAGGGUGCUCGCCUCACGCAGGAGAAAGGACCCAGAACCAAGGUGUGAAUGCCCUUAUAUAGACAUUUUAAAUUGCCUGCCCUGGAGCUCAAGACCACCCCUCCAUACAUCAUACAUACAUCACAGAAAAGGUGGUCUACAACAGAAAUUUGAAUGUUGUUUUUCCUGUCAGGUUAUCUGAUCAUGCCUUAUCUGAUUGCCUUUCUUAGUAGUCUGGCCAUUUCUUUGAGAUGGUGAUUUCCCACUUCCUGAGACAAUGGGAAGGUUCCCUCACCCCCUCCCUCCUUGCAGAGAAAACAUUUGGUCAGUUUGGGAGUCAAAAUGGUUUCAGGGCGGUCUUCCUGUGCUGCUCCAGACAUGUGGUCCACAUAUCUAUGUAUGUGCUUGGUUGGUACAUUUGUGAACAUUUAUUAUAUAUAAAAGACCUUAAAAUUUUUAUUUCAGUUCUGAUAUAGGAAGCUUCUGAGUCAGACCACUAGUGGUCCGUGUACCUCGAUUCGGCUCAAGACAGCGACCAACAAGUUAAAGCAUGCAGCGUCCUCAAGGCCUCCCCGUCGCCUUUCCUCCGAGCCUGGGAGUCAUUGUCCUUUGUCCUCCCACCUUGCCAAGGGGAGCCAAGUGAUUUUCAUCUCCCGCCGUCCACUUCUCCAUCGCUGCCCUGUCGCUGCGACUGGGGUGCACCAGCUUGUAAACAAUCUUGCUUUUAUGUGCCUCUGAAAUCAGUCUCUUUCCACCCCGCCGCCCUCCCCGAGAGCCAAGGCCUUUCGCUUGGAUGUUUUCCGAGCCGAUCGAGUGAUGCGGCGGUUUCUCCCGAAAACAGGGCCUCGUCUGUGCCUCGGUCCGCUCCGUUUUCAACAGCGAGGUUAUCGGGGGAGCCUCGGCCUCUCUUUCAAAAGGGCCUUUUCUUCCCGGCAUGUCAGGUGGUGGAACCUGAGAGAGUCGGCCGCAAGCCAGAAAGCUUUUGGCUGGAGGAACAAAGUCUCCUUUCCUCGGUCACCCCCACUUCUGCCGCCCCUCAGAGGGCUCCUGGAAUAAAGGGUUGACUAUCCUUUAAAGUGUAGAUCAGAACAUCCACAAAACACGAGGUUGCCAUCUUUUAUUGCGUGCUUUUGAACGACAGUGGGGGGGAGAGACAAAGGGAAAUUUAGCAGGAGGUCAGAUCCUGCUGAAUGUAAGGAUUGGAGGGGGGGAGAGGCUUCACCAGAUGAAUAUCGGCCUGUUACACGGCAGCCACGCUGGGGAGGAAGCUGCAGUAGCUGCAAUUCCACCUGCCACUUUAUUGAAGAUAAUUUCUUUUUUAAAAAAGCACAACAAUCUGUGCUCUUGAAGUAAGAAGCAAAGAAUUGUAGCGUUGGAAGGGGCCCCCAAGAGGUCAUCCAGCCCAACCCCCUGCAAUGCCUCUUGCUUGCCUGGAUGAGGGAUGGAGGGGUGUGUGUAUGUGUGUACUCAAACAGAGGAAACAUAUAGACAGACUGCCUUAAGCUGAGUCAGACCAUUGGGGUCCAUCUAGUUCAAUAUUGUCCUCACUGGCUGGCAGCAGCUUUCCAGGGUUUGGGACAAGGGGCUUGUCCAAGCCCCAACUCGAGACGUCAGAGAUCAAACCAGGGAUGUUCUGCAUGCAAAGCAAGUGAUCUGCCACAGAGGUAUACAGCCAUCCCCUUCAAAAUAGGCUUAAGAUUCUCGUCCUCACGGUUAAAGGUCGGUUUGCAGUAUUGCACUCUACACUUGUAGGGAUGCGGGUGGCGCUGUGGGUUAAACCACAGACCCUAGGGCUUGCCGAUCAGAAGCUCGGCGGUUCAAAUCCCCGCGACGGGGUGAGCUCCCGUUGCUCGGUCCCUGCUCCUGCCAACCUAGCAGUUCGAAAGCACGUCAAAGUGAAAGUAGAUCAAUAGGUACCGCUCCGGCGGAAAGGUAAACGGCGUUUCCGUGCGCUGCUCUGGUUCGCCAGAAGCGGCUUAGUCAUGCUGGGCACAUGAUCCGGAAGCUGUACGCCAGCUCCCUCAGCCAGUAAAGCGAGAUGAGCGCCGCAACCCCAGAGUCGGUCACGACUGGACCUAAUGGUCAGGGGUCUCUUUACCUUUACCUUUACCUUUACUUUACACUAGAGUCCAAGCAAGGAAUGAAAAAAGAAGCGUGUCUAUCCGGGCAUGAGCAGAGUGCACCCACUUUCUCACUAGGGGAUUGGGUAUCCCAGACGUAAAAUACGAUGAAGGUUCAUGUCAAAUGCUUGUCCUACUCAGAACGCACCCAUUGAAAUUAAGGGAAGUUGCAGGGGUUGGUCUAGAUGUCCCUCGGGGUUCCCCUCUAGCUCUAGAAUUCUGUGACUAACUUAGAUCCAUUGAUUUCAAGGCGUCUCCUCCCGCUUUGCCUGGAUGCAACCCUCAGCCUACAAGCCGAAACAGAACUAGCCCUAUGGAAAAGGCCUUUGCACCUUGCUGGGCAGCAGGUAUUUGGGGGCAGAAGGCGGGGAGAGGCGGCAAAAAAUUAUUCAGUGCCCCCACGAGAGCUUGGAGCUGGGAUGUGCACAGAAGGGGCUAUUGUUUGGCAGGGCUGUGUGCCAGGCAGCCGAGACUUUAUAAGAGCUUCCCGCUGGCAUCUCACACGCCUACGAAGAAGCCAAAGUCUGGAUCCGUUCAGCCCUCCCGUUGGGGAAGAGAAAAUGGUGAGCGAGGACAAGAACCCCGAAUCGUGGCCGGCAGGGCUGCACCUCAAGAGCCCACCCUACGUAAGUAGUUCACUUUAGAAGUGGGGGGGGGGGAAGGCCACCUCAUUUUUUAAACCCCCAUUGGGUCUCCCGUUCCUUUAACUGCUGCUCAGCAGGCAGGAAUCCAUCAGGGAAAGCUCUUUCCAGCCUUGUGUGGUUGCCGUGCGCAGUGGCGGGGAGAGAAGCUGCGCCGGUGGGAUUUCUGCCUGCUGCCCUGCUAGGGGGUGGGGGUUGAAACGCCCAGUGUGGGAAUGCCUACGGUUAUCGACCUGCCAAUUUUUUGUUAUCUUUGGGUUCUCCAGCGCGACGAGAGCACCCUUAAGCAUGUGCAGAGUGCAAAUGCGGAAACAGGCUGAGAUUUUAGAAAAGGGAUUUCAGGUGCUGCUAGAUGCCAUCACCCCCUCUUUCUUUCUUUCUUUCUUUCUUUCUUUCUUUCUCUCUCUCUCUCUCUCCUCACCCCCUUCCCCAAUUUUUGUUCAGACUCUCCACUCCAGCCUUGAGCUGGCAGAGCCUCCCGUCGCCUCGAACCGCAAACUGGUGAUUCUGAUGGUGGGCGCUGUCUCAGCCCUCAGCAUCAGCAUCGUGGGGGUCCUGCUGGCCACCUACCUCGGGCGGGCGGACUGCGUCCAGGUACGAUACGAUAAUCUUUAUUGUCAUUGUCCCAUACAGAACAACAAAAUUGAAAAAAUGUGCAUCAGACAUUCAAAAACCAACAAGCCUGCUAUCCCAGCCUGGUUAACCCCCUAAAAAUACCCCAUAAUUAAAUACAAUACAGUGGUACCUCAGGUUACAGACGCUUCAGGUUACAGACUCCGCUAACCCAGAAAUAGUACCUCGGGUUAAGAACAGAAAUCGCACAGCGGCAGCACGGAGGCAGCAGGAGGCCCCAUUAGCUAAAGUGGUGCUUCAGGUUAAGAACAGUUUCAGGUUAAGAACAGACCUCCAGAACUACCGUAUUUUUCACUCUAUAAGGCGCACCAGACCACAAGACGCACCUAGUUUUUGGAGGAGGAAAACGAAAAAAAAUAUUCUGAAUCUCAGAAGCCAGAACAGCAAGAGGGAUCGCUGCGCAGUGAAAGCAGCAAUCCCUCUUGCUGUUCUGGCUUCUGAGAUAGCUGCGCAGCCUGCAUUCGCUCCAUAAGACGCACACACAUUUCCCCUUACUUUUUACGGGGGGAAAGUGAGUCUUAUAGAGCAAAAAAUACAGUAAUUAAGUUCAUAACCAGAGGUACCACUGUAGACUACCUUACACUGCAUUUAAAGCCAAAAUUGCCUUUGGAUAGAAACUGUUUCUCAGGCGGCUAGUCCUGGUCUUUAUAACCCUGUACCUUCUUCCAGAAGGCAGAAGCUGAAAGAGAUCGUUUCCGGCGUGCGCACUAUCCUGCGCUAUCUCUGCAGCUUUCUUAUGGUACCUGGAAGCAUAGAUUUGAUCCAAGGUGGGAAGAGUGCACCCAAUUAUUCUCACCGCAGUCUUUACAACCCUGGGCAGCGUUGUUUUUCCCCUGACCGUGCAGCUCCCAAACCACACGCACAGACCAUAAGUUAAUACACUAUCAACAGUACAGUGGUAGAAUGCCAUCAACAGGUCCUUUGAGAGAUUAUUACGGAGGACAGGCGAUGAUGGAGACAGCGCCUGCCUUCUGCCUGGUGGAAGUCCUGGUGGUUUGAAUCCAGCACGUUCUGCCUUCCGCCACUGCAGAAGUCUUGGGCGGCCAGAUCCUGCACCUUUGGCCAGGGCUACCGCAUUUCAAUCUUUCCCCCCCGCUUCCUUUCUCGGCAGAGAGACGGCUUCAGCUUCCUCCCUCCCCAAGUCAACGUCCAAAACGAAGCGUCUCUCUUGCUGGCGCUCAGCGAACUGGGCGAACAAGGCGUGGCUCCAGGGAUCACCUGCGACUUGAGAAACGUGAGUCACAGAAUCGGCAGUAGGGCCAGAAUUCGUGUCACAAGAGGCGAUGGGGACAGUGUUGCUGUUUUUCCCUCCCAAUGGGGUCUCCUUAAGUUGUCCAGUAGUGCCUUAGUGGUCACUGAACUGCACUAAGGUGGAUUUAAGAACAUAGGAAGCUGCUUUGAUUCAGACCAGUGGUGGAUCUAUCUACAGCGACUGACAGCAGCUGCCCAGGGCUUCAGGUAGGGAUGUUUUCCUGGAGAUACUGGUGAUUGGACCGGGAACCUUUUGCAUGCCAAGCGGAGAUGCCAGCUCUUUCACUGAGCUACUGCCAUUCCCCUAAGUGUGUGUUUGUGUGUGUGUGUGUGUGUGUGAGAGAGAGAGAGAGAGAGAGUGUGUGUGUGUGUGUGUGUGUGAGAGAGAGAGAGAGAGAGAGAGAGAGAAAGUAUUGUCUGGGCAAGCGACUUUACAAGGUCUCUCUAGUUUAAAGGUAUCCAAAGUGCAUUAGAGUUAAUUAAACCACACUGAGGUUCUCUUAAGAGCAUGGGAGUGUCUCUUUUAUUUAUUUGAAAUGUAUAGCCUAUGUUAAUGUAACACAAUUAAAAAGAGAGAGCUGAGAAUACGAAUAACCUUUGCAAAAUGGAUCGGAGAUAGCCAGCUGAACUACCCGAGUGCCAUAAAAUCAGACCUGGGGACAGGAGGGAGUGUGGGAUUCGGGGUUUGGGGGCCUCCUCUACAAGAUGCUACCUCUCUGCUCCCUCUCUCCCCCCCCCACAGCACUUGAUGGUGUACCAUGGCCAGCCAGAAGGGUGUGUGGCCCGAAAGAUGGAGGUGUCCGAACCGCUACCCUCCUGCCAGGAACUGGAGGCGUACUUCCAAGCUGUCUUGGUGAGGAUCGGCAGGUGUCCUGCAGGUGGUUUUAGGCACAUGGGGAGUGUGGCUUGGAGUUACGGCCCUUGCCUUGAAAGCAAAGCAAGAUCCUAGUCCUCAAUGUUUUGAGGACAGGGCUGAUUUGAACAGGAACAGAGGGAGCUGCCUUAUAGCAAAGGUCCAUCUUGGGAAACUGAACCCGGGACCGUCUGUUUUUGAGGCAUCGGCUCUGCCGCUGAGCUGCAGCCCUUUCCUUAAAAGUAAUUCUAAGAUUCCGGUCCUCAUGGUUCUGAAAGAAACGCUGACAUAUAAUUAAAUGCAGCAUCUCAAAACAAAACAAUCAUGGGUUGUCCCCCUGCCUUUGAACUGUUCUUUUAGACAUAAUUAAUGCAAACAUGAUCAGUAGUGGUUUAUUAUUUUAUACAUAAAUGCAUUUUUUACUUUAUACAUUUUUAUCCAUAUCCAAACUUGUUUAAUAAUAAUUCAGUAAUAGCUGAUCUCUGGUUUUAUGUAUACGAUUUCAACUGUACGGUUUUAUGUGUUACUGCUGGAAACUGCUCUGAUCCCCCCCCCCCUUGAAUGAAUACCAGUAUACAACUGGUUUUGUAUAUAAACCAACAAAUGAUACCAGCCGACUGAAAUUCAUAUGGUUAAAAGCGAUUUAACAGCACAAACCCUGUGCAUGUUUGCUCUGAAGUAAGCCCCACUUAUUCAAAGGUUUUUACUCUCAGGUAAAUAGGCCUAGCUGGGGUUGCAGGCUUAGAGCUGUUUCAUCCGACAACAGGCUGCAGUUUAACUAAUAUAGCUGCCAACUAAGAGAAAAAGGGGGCAACUCAUCCUUCAAAGUGUAUUUUGGGUUGAGGUUGGGGGUCCGAAGAGUCUUGCUUCCGGCUUCAAGACUUGUGGACUGGGGUCUACUUCUUCAGAUGCAUGAAGUAUCAUCUUGAGUUGCAAAUAUAACACCCACAGGCGCUCAGAGGGCUGGUUGUGGCUGUGAAGUCAGAAAGAAGUUUGCAGCAAGUUUAAGGACAAGUAUACCUAACCGAGUUACGUAGCUAGGUUGGAGCAGCUAAACCAAAACGGUCAAAAAACACUAAAGUCAAUAAGCAGGGAGUUCCAGAGAUUGGUGCUAAAGGACUGAGAGUGUGUGUGAAUACAGCAGCAGCAAGGAUUCUGUGUGUACAGAAAUGGAAGGAGAGAAAACACACCCAGAGGAAGAAUGGUUGGUGAAAAUCUUGGAAUACGCAGAGAUGGCAAAAUUGACGGCACUGAUAAAAGAUACAAAUGUAGAAUGUUUUAAAGAAGACUGAUGGGACGCAGGUGGAGCUGUGGGUUAAACCACAGAGCCUAGGACUUGCCGAUCAGAAGGUCGGCAGUUCGAAUCCCCGCGACAGGAUGAGCUCCCGUUGCUCGGUCCCUGCUCCUGCCAACCUAGCAGUUCAAAAGCACAUCAAAGUGCAAGUAGAUAAAUAGGUACCACUCCGGCGGGAAGGUAAUGGUGUUUCCGUGCGCUGCUCUGGUUCGCCAGAAGCGGCUUAGUCCUGCUGGCCACAUGACCCGGAAGCUGUACGCCUGCUCCCUUGGCCAAUAAAGAGAGAUGAGUGCCGCAACCCCAGAGUUGUUUGCGACUGGACCUAAUGGUCAGGGGUCCCUUUACCUUUUUAAAGAAGACUGAAAACCAUUUCAAGUUUUUAUAAAAAGUUACUGUACUUCCCAUAUGUGAAGACCACAGCUGGGAUUGAAGUGUAAGAAAAUAGCAGAAUGUAUUAGGAAACACAUUAGAAAUUCGACAAGAUGGAACCUUAAAAUGCAAUUGUAUGUAACUUGAGUUAUAUCGAGAGCAUGAAGCGAAAACACUUUAUGUAGCAGUUGUCAAACCUGCUUUUGCUGGCUCUGUUUCUUGCCCUGUUGCAGAAAAAUGCCACGCUGGGUAUCACCUCGGAGGUGCAGAUUGUGGGGACCGCAUCGCUGGGCAGCCUCACCACCCUGCUGUGUAGCAACAAGCCCACCUACCUGGUCAACAGUUUUGCACGUAAGUAGGGUGGAAAGGGUGGGACGCGGGUGGCGCUGUGGGUUAAACCACAGAGCCUAGGACUUGACGAUCUGAAGGUCGGCGGUUCGAAUCCCUGUGAUUGGGUGAGCUCCCGUUGCUCCCUGCUCCUGCCAACCUAGCAGUUCAAAAGCAUGUCAAAGUGCAAGUAGAUCAAUAGGUACCGCUCCAGCGGGAAGGUAAACGGCGUUUCUGUGCGCUGCUCUGGUUCGCCAGAAGCGGCUUAGUCAUGCUGGCCACAUGACCUGGAAGCUGUACGCCGGCUCCCUCGGCCAAUAAAGCGAGAUGAGCGCUGCAACCCCAGAGUCGGUCACGACUGGACCUAAUGGUCAGGGGUCCCUUUACCUUUACCUAGGGUGGAAAGCUGCCGCUGGAGUGGACUGUACAGACCGUACCUCUGUCAGAGGGGUGGGGGGAAGACAGAGAGAGGUUUGGAUAUCUGAUUUAGGAGGGGGAAGAAAGAUUUGAACUAUAAGUUCCAGCAGCAGCAGCAACCCUGGCCAUGGAGCCAAUGCUUGCUAGGGCUGAUGGGAGUUGUAGUUCGGCAACAGCUGGAAGGACGAAGGUUCCCCCACAGAGCGGUUCUCAACCUGUGGGUCCCCAGAUGUUGUUGGACUACAACUCCCAUCAUCCCUGAGCUCUGGCCUUGCUAGCUAGGGGUAUGGGAGUUGUAGUUCAACAACAUCUGGGGACCCACAGGUUGAGAAAAGCUGGUAGAGAUACCCAGAUCUCUCUCUCUCAAUACAAAUCCGACCGAUGUAGAGUUUGUAAAAUGCCAAAUUUUGGACACUGCCAAAAGUUUCUCUAGUCCAAGGCGGGCUAAUCCCUGGUUUGGGGAGCCGGUUUGCACAUACACACCCAAAAGAAUUUGGAUCAAGAUUUAUUUUUUAAAAAAUGAUUAAAGUAGGCGCAGGAUUGCACACAAAAGCCUUUUGGUGAAAGGCAGGAGAAUGGCAUCAAAGGCGCCUUUUGGCUGGAAAAGGGAGACCUUACAUCACAAGAGCUCUUCGGCAGAACGGGGACUUAGCAUCGCACACAAACCCCACAGGGGCUGCAUUUACUGAUAGACAGGACUUGUUGAGCCCACCUCUUCUUUAAAAAUAUUUUAUUUCCCCCAUUUCUUUGCAGCUUCUCCAAGGCACACCAUGAGCAGACUUGCUUAAAAGAAGUCGGGAAGUUGUGCAGACCAGCAAUCAACAUCUCCUCUUGCCUCUUCCCUGCAAAACCCCAAGACAAAGGACCUCGGCUGAACCUGUCACUAUUGAUUUCCCCCAUAUAGGAAAGUAUGUGGGGAGGUGGCCGCUCAAGUUUGUAUGUGAUUUCACUGCAGCUCAAGUUUGUAUGUGAUUUCCCCCCUCCCUGCAACUCCUUGUCAUAACCAAAUCAUUAGC